UGGGAGCAACAAGUCAACACAUUUACUCUCCUAUAUAAACAGGUUGGGCAAGUGGUGCUUCUUACUCCGUUCUCUUCAUCACAGUCAUUUCUGGAGAGGAAUACAAUACGAGUGACACUAUGAAUAAGCUGUUGGUCGUUACUGUGCUUGUUGCAGUCUUUGCUCUCAGUGCUGAAAGCUUACAUGUGCCGAGGCAGGCUGAGGAGGAGCAGGGGACUCUGACCCAGAUCGCAGACAAAGUCAGGUCCUUCUAUGACAGUACUAUCAACACUGCCAGUGGAUACAUAGAAGGCAUCAAGGGCUUGAAGCUGGAGGAGAAGGCAAAGAAUAUUUACGACGAUACCACCAGUGCUGUGAACACCUAUGUUGGCAUACUGCAUGACCAGCUUUACCACAUCUUUUACUCCCAGCAGUAAACAAAAACUGACUUCCAGUGACCUCAGUCACCUUUUCUGACAGAGUAAAAACUUUAAAGCUCCACACGAAAGCCUACGGCAUCAUUUGACAUUCUGGCCUUUGCCAUAUCUUACCUCACCCGAACAUCAAAACAUCAUCCUCAGAAAUAAUGUGCACCUUGUGAUGCUGUCUUGGGUGGUAAAUGAUGAUACCCACCCAAUGAGGACUGUAAUCCUUUGAAAAAACACAGAGGAAAUUGGACAGAACAACUUCACAAGCACAAGAAAAGGAGCAAACAGCAUCUUAUCAUGGACCAUGGGUCUCUUAGAAAACAACCAGCCAUGAAAAAUGCAAAUAACAUAUUUAGCUGUCGCCACCUACUGGUAUUAUUGUUUCUUUAUAGUCAUUCCACCUCUGAAUACAUUUAAUAUUUAUGUCUUAUCACAUAAAAAUAUUUGUACAAAAAACUAGUGUGUGUGGUUGAUAAAUAAGAAUUUAGUUUAGCAUCUGAUGCAGUAAAUUGUGCAUAUUCCUCCUGUCUGUUUGUGUAAGACAUUUCUUGCAUUUCCUAUUUAUCACUGAUGCAAAGGAUCACAUGUUUAUGUCUGUAUGAAUCUGCAAUGAGGCGCCAGACUUUUAUCAGCCGAGGCAGCACCAGAACAGAGGCCUCUGUUGCAAUUAAUAAUGGAUGAAAAGAAACAACAUGUAAAACGCCAGAGAAACCGACAGAGAUGAAUAAACAACAAAGACUGUGAA